CCCGGUGCUGUGCCGCCGCCCGCAGGUCCAGGAAGUGCCGUCACGGGCGGGCGGAGGAGCUGCUGUUGGCCGGCCUGGCCGGAGCUUUCGUCGGUGGGUGCCGGGCAGGGGCUGCCGCCAUGAGCAAGAUUUCCAAGUUCUUCAAGGCGGGCGGCUCGUCCGCCUCGAAGGGCCGCCGGGGGCCCUCGCCGCAGGAGGCGCUGGCCCGGCUGCGGGAGACAGAGGAGAUGCUCAGCAAGAAGCAGGUGUACCUGGAGACGAGGAUCGAGCGGGAGCUGGCGCUGGCCCGGCAGCACGGCACCAAGAACAAGCGAGCUGCCUUACAAGCACUGAAGAGAAAAAAGAGAUAUGAGAAACAGUUGAGUCAAAUUGAUGGGACACUUUCAACCAUUGAGUUCCAGAGAGAGGCGUUGGAGAAUUCCCACACCAACACAGAAGUGCUCAAGAAUAUGGGCUAUGCUGCACAAGCCAUGAAAAAAGUACAUGAAAAUAUGGACUUGAACAAAAUCGAUGAUUUAAUGCAAGAUAUCACUGAACAGCAAGAUGUUGCCCAGGAAAUUUCAGAUGCUAUCUCAAACCGAGCUGCCUUCGGUGAUGAGUUUGAUGAGGAUGAGUUGAUGGCAGAAUUAGAAGAACUGGAGCAAGAAGAAUUGAACAAGGGAAUGAGAGAUGUCAGGUUGCCAAGUGUUCCAUCCACAUCGCUGCCUUCUCGCCCUGCAUCAACCAGGAAGAGAACAGAGGAUGAAGAUGAAAUGAAGAAGCUUGCUGCCUGGGCUUCAUAAGACCAUGGUCUUUUUAUAGCACUGAACAUUACAGUGCAGAUGUACAGAGCUGUAAAGAUGUUUUAUAACUACUGAUAUACUGUGGUUCAUUUUGUGAAGACUGGUUUUUUAUGGCCAAUCUUGCUAAGAAUAAUGUUACUGUAUUAUUACAAAACUAGUUUAAAAAUAAACAAUUAAAGAAUGCAAUAGUUGCUGUAACUCUAAGCAUCAAACUUUUUUUCAGCCUUGGCCAGAGAUUUGUGUUGUUAUCAGCAUCAGUUUUUAUUAGGUGAUGUUGUACUAUGUCUGGCUGGUUUGUAAAACCUAUGUACCUUCACACACAGCUGGAUUUGUUGUUGAAAUGCAAAAGUUAAAGUCAUUAAGGCCCUAUCCUAGAGGGUUAUUUGGUUCAGACUAUUUGAAUAUUAGCAAAGAAGCCUUAUACAUGUUCUGACUUGCAAGUUCCUUUGAGCCCAAGAGCUAAUAGCCAUUCAUUUAGACAUGGAGAUUUAAACAGUGUGCCUUGAGCAAUUUAUGAUGAGCUAGAUAUUAAGAGGAGACUCUUCUGCAGCUUUUUGAAGUGGGAUAGGUAUUUUUGGUUUAACUUUGGCCACAAUAUCCCCUGCACUUCUGUAGGUCAGGUUGAAUUGUAUUUUGAACUAUUUUGCUCUUGGUUAAAGAACAGUUUUACAGUGAUUGGGGAAAAUUAAAUGUCUACAUUCUUAUAGAUCUCUUCCAAACAAAACUGAUUUCUGCUAACCCUGUCAAAGAUCCGGAAGAGGUUUGACCUUCCUUUGUUUUACUCUACUGUGUCUUUCUAGGCUGAGUCUUCACUUUCUAUGAUAAUACCCAUCCUUCAAGCAAUUAGUAACACAUUUUUAAUUACACAGUUUCAAAAUAAUCUUCUGAGCUUUCAGUUCUUUUCCUCAGUUUCUGAAUGGAAAUAAUACAAGCAUGUUGAAUUCAAAAUGCCUUUUUAACCCUGGUUAAAAGCUGAUUCUGGGUUAGUUGUAAAGUUGAUGUGUUACUGUUCAACUGACAACUUGAGGGAAAAAAAAGCCACUCUGAGUGCUAAACUACUACAUAUAUAGAGAAAUCACUGUUCUAAUACAAGAAUUGAAUAGGCUGCUUUGUACUAACAAAUUCUGUUAAAUGAAACUUAGGCUCUAUGCUAGUAGUCUGCUGUCAGUCACACAGAAAUAGUAAAACACUGUGGAGUUCUGAGGAAUGUGGGAAGCAGAGUGACAUCAGGCACUCUUGUUUUCAUAUUAAUUUAAAUUUGCUGAUGAUUGAACCACUUGGGGUAUAGUGAGAGACUUGGUUUCUGUAGUUCUGUUUCAGUGGAAGACUGACUCCUGCUGAGGGCUUUAGGCUAUGAUGUGCUGGGUGUUCAGCAUCGAUAGGCUGCAAUAGGCUUCAGCUUCUUAGAUUUUAGGUUAAGCAUAAGCUAAUGUGUGUUUCUGGACAUGGCAUGCUGGCAUGCUCAAAACCUUUCAACUUGAGUUUGUGGAUGAAACACCACAUUUACAAACCCUGUGGAGAGAUUCAGUUUAUCAGGACUCUUUUAUUCUCUGUAGUGGAAUUGAUUUUGGUUUGCAUCCAUUUGAAAGAACAAUCAAGCUUUGCCACUUUCCUUUGGAUGCAUUUCUUAGUCGGAAAAAACACAAGUAUGUUAAUUCUGUCCCAAGGUUUGGAGGUACCAGAAAAAUUGUUCCUUUCUGCUGAGUGAAGAAAACGUGGAACUAUGCAAUUUUAAAUUUUUUUUUUUAACAAACAAAACGAAAAAAAACCAACAAAACCCCAACCUGCCUUAAAUUUAAAAAUACAUUUUGAACUCUCGGUAGGAAAUCAAAGACUAACAAAAUGUUCCUCAGUUUUAAUACUUGCUGAUAUUCAGGAUGAGAUGCUAGCUGAGAGCAGGCAUAUUUAAUAAAAUAAAACAAGUAUUUGGAGUUACGUAGAAUCCAGUUGCUAAUCCUGUUGGCUGGAACCCUGUUUUCAAGGUAUGUAGUUUAUGCAGAUCUCUGAACUGGGUACAGAAAGUAUUAAUGUACACUGAUUGCACCACUGUGUGAGGCUGGCCAUGUGCCUGUGGACACAUCUAGUAUUCUAAAUGUGAGGCCAUACCAACAUAGUCCUGUGCUUAGCUUGGAAAAGUUGGCUUCUAGCAUCUGUUCUUGGUUGAAUUAGUAGUUUUCAAAUACUUGCCACUUUGCAUAGCACUUGGUAUAUUUAAAGUGCUCUACAAGCUAGCCAAAAUAGGAUUCUAAGCUUCCAGCUUGAAACUAAAGUGAUUUUCAGUCUGCUUUGGAAAAUGUGGACCUGCUGUUUUAUGUAAGAACUUUGUAUGUGAACACUCUGCAAGGGUGAGGAAAUCUGGGCAAAGUCUUCUCCUUUGCAAGCUAGCAUCUGACUGCUGACUUUCAGCAGUGUUUUGGCCAAGUGCUGAUCCUGGGAAACUUCAAGUGUCUUCAGCUUAUUGAUUUCAGACCAGACACUUUAGGAACAAGAUAUGUGGUGAAGAAAAUAAACUGGUCAUUCAGAUGAGCUUCCAUAAAAGCCUGUGUGUGGUAGUUGGUGGCUGUGGAGGAGAGAGUCACAUACCAGUUUAUAGGCUGGGAUGUGAGUGGUUUGUGAUGCUAUACUCAGGGAUACUGUAGGCAUGUGUGCACACCAAAAUACAGUAUGGAUCUCCAGAACAGGAGUGCCUGUUGACAGAUUUGUCUGGGAGGCUGUAGGUGACGGGUUUUCUUCAAAAGCAGAGGGGUUCUAGAGGCUUAACUCAGCUGAGGUGGCGGCUCUGUCCUUCAUAAAUUCAGAUGACAGUAUGACAAAUGGCUCUUCCUUCUUCGAACAUAUCUCUCUUCGUGCCAAGAUGGUAUUUGUUUAGUAUGUAAGCAGAUGAGAGUGAACAGUGUCAACGUGUUUCUGUAAAUGUACUGUCUAUUGACUGGAACAUAUUUUACAAGAGGACUGGCAGCAGAUGGUGCACUGUAGCUGCUUCCUUUCUUGUUUCUUACUUGUUUUGAGAAAGUUUUCUUCUCUGAACAGGCUUGGAUGUUUUUAAUCUGGAUAUCUUUAAAAGGGAGGGAAAUGUAUCAAUAAAAAGAGAGUUAAUAUAUAUAUGCUGUAAAUAAGUAUUUUGGUGUCAUAUUUGUCUUGUAUGAUUGUAUUAAAUUUAUUUUCCUGUCAGGCAAGACUGUAAGUUCUCUCCUUACACUGUCAUCCUCUUUAGAGGAUAUUGGAUAUUAGGAAAUAUUGUUUUAAUGUAUUAAUCUUUCAGCAUCAGGCUAGAAUCCAGGAAUUCUUUGAAGGUGGUGCGGUUUGAAAAAACAACCAAACACUAAAAAACCCAAACAGCA